UUCACUCACGAGCCAACACUAGAGGGGCGACAACACCCGGAAAAGAAUGAUGGCGAUCAAGUGGCUUCGCUUCUCCUUCCUCGCCCUCGGGGUUUUGUCGCUGUGUCUCGCCGCGUCCGGGGACAGCCCUGGCGUGAAGAAGAUGAAAAUGCAGUUCGCCGCGGGGCCCUUACUCAAGUUCCAGAUUUGCAUCUCCUGAGGGUACAAGCGGGUGUUUGAGGAGUACACGCAGGUCUUGUACCAGCGGUACCCAGACAUCCGCAUCGAGGGGGAGAAUUUCCUUCCUGUCCCCGCUUAUCGGCACAUUGCUUCCUUCCUGUCUGUCUUCAAACUGCUGGUGAUCGGCAUGAUCAUUAUUGGCAAGGAUCCGUUUGCUCUCUUGGGCGUUCAAACUCCGGGCGUCUGGGAGUGGGGCCAGGGAAAUAAGAUAUACGCGUGCAUGAUGGUGUUCUUUCUGAGCAACAUGAUAGAAAAUCAGUUGAUGUCCACGGGAGCUUUUGAAAUAACAUUAAAUGAUGUGCCAGUCUGGUCCAAAUUGGAGUCGGGCCACCUGCCCUCCAUGCAGCAGCUGGUGCAGAUCCUGGACAACGAAAUGAAGAUGAACGUUCACAUGAACACAAAGCCGCUCCACCACUCCUAACAGUGUGUGGCCGCAGCCAAAAGCCCCUCCACGUUUGAGGUGGGCCGCUCGCAGGGCUGUGACGUGAUGUUUAUGAAGGUCUGCACUGAAGGCAGGACCACUGCAAGCGCAGACUGGAUGCCCCCCCCCCCCCCCCACAUCAUCGUCACCCCUUUAGAGAUGACCCGCCCCGGACGCCAGAGUGGGCUCGACGGCCAGUCGGUCAUUUUCUAGUACUGUUCACUCAACAUCUUAUCAAAGCAGGAGUCAAUCGACCAGAUUCCCAUCAAGUAGAUUUGAAUAAAACACUGAGCCCAAAUGAACGGGUGCUCGAAAAGUCACUGUGCCACAUUUCUUUCAUAGAGCAAAGCCUGCGUUAGGUGUUGAAAUGUUCAAGUUGGUUGGAUUCGAAAAUAUGACUUGUCAACACAAGUAACUCAUCCACGUGUUAGCUGUUCCCGAACGAGCCGUCUGCUCCUCAAGUUAGUUUCGAGUUGAUCUACUACAUAUGUAUACAGAGGUCGAACUAACGUUUAACGAUAGACUCCAUGUGCAUUCUGUUUUGAAACGUGUCUUAAUGAGAAUACUUGUGUACCUGGUGUAGUCCUAAAAAUCCAAGUGCACUGUGACUCCUUGAGCACCCUGUCGAGUGACUAAAAAAAACAAGUACUAGCUUCCGCCCUGUAGAAAAGCAACUUGUCAUGCUGUUGUCAAACUAAUGUUGGGGAGAUGGUUAGGAUUUGGGAGGCAUUUUUAUAACUUGCAAAGAGUGAAUAAAAACCGACGAUAACUA